UGACAAUUUAUUGAGAGUCGGAGAGUAGAGAGGAGCUGUCAUCAUGGAUACCAUCAAUUUAUUUACAUUUUGGUUCAUUAUGAUUGCUAGUAAACAAGGUAUUCUUGUACAGAGCUGUUGCACGGGUGGCUUCUGUUACACGUUCUUCGAGACUGAGAUGACAUGGGAAAAAGCGAGCAACUAUUGCCAUUCCGAAAAUAUGGAACUUGCUGUCAUUAAUACAGAAAAUACACAAGGAUUCCUGGCUGAAAAACUAGAGGAAGGUGGCUGGAGUGAUGGGUGGGUAGGAGGAAGAAGGUGGAAUACUGACUGGCGAUGGGUUAAUGGAAAUGCAACAAUUCAGAGCCAGGGCUGUUACAAAGAUUCUGUACCACGUGACUUGCCAUACCAGAUACGUCUUAACAAUAUCACACCAGAGAAAUGCAUGAGAGAGUGUCGCAUGGCAAACUUUACAUAUGCAGGUUUACAGGCUGGGACAACAUGUUGGUGUGGCAACACAUAUAACAAGUACGGAAUACAUCCUCAAUGCACUGCUAACGACAAUAGUGUUUGCUGUAGUACGCCUUGUGGAGGUGACGCCUCGAAGACAUGUGGCCAAACUGGGGCCAACCAUGUGUUCAAUAUACAAGGUCUUGCAUAUUCCAAUUGGUACGGAGAAGAACCUCGUGACCCUGAAGGAGGAAGAAACUGUGGAGUGAUGAAUAAAGGGGCUGGUUAUCUGCACUAUCAAUGGAGCCCUGAGGUCUGCACUGAAGCCCAUGGAUACAUUUGUGAAAUAUACAUUUCUGAGGAAGAAUGCAACGCUAUACCAAAAAGCAAAUACUACGAGCGAAGUUGUUAUACGAUGGACGAAAAAGUCCGUAAGAUGUCUUGGUUUACAUCGAGGCAAUUGUGCCUCCAGAUGAAUGGGGAUUUGGUGACGAUUGACAACGAAAUGGAACAGGACGUCAUAAAGACAUGGCUGUCUGGGAGUGCUAUGAGGGGUGUUUCGCUUUGGAUAGGUCUUACUAACAGGCAUUGGGCGUGGAAAGAAGACAUAGAGGUGGGAUACUACCAGAAUUGGGCUACUAAUGAGCCUAACUCCUUGAAAGAAUGUCUUAGUUUCAACAGACUCCAGAAUAACAAAUGGUUUAGCGAGGACUGUAACUCAACCAAAUACUUUAUCUGCCAAAUAGCUGACAAUAGCACCGGGCCCUUGACGCAACCAGUAUUGGCUUCCAAGGACCAGGUCAGGAAAAUCGGGUUUCUUGUAGGGUUGAUCAUUGCGGCAUUGCUCUUGCUCAUCAUUCCAAUAAUGCUGAUUGGGAUCUGCAUCACGCGGAAAAAAAAACAAACUUCUGAAAUUCCAAUGACUGGGUUUGAAAUCAAGGAAGAAGCCAAAGCUAAUGUUGAGGAUCCGAAAUUAGAGCGAAACAGUUCCAUCAUGCGAUCACUGUGGGACAGGACGCUGAAAUUAAGCCCAAGGAAAUACAAAGAAAAUGGUAGCCCCACAUCUGAGUCGGUGGCUACAAUUUCAGAUGGAAAGAGUACACCCUCUACAAGUGCCCCAUCAACUACUCAGGGAUCCACUGAAGAUAUUAUCAAUGAUAAGUCAUCAGAUGUGUACACACCAACCGAUCGUUACAAGAGAUCGCGAUCUAGGAACAAACCAAAGCGAGAGUAUACAAACGAACGACAAGAAUAUGAGAAUCCAAGUUUUGCCUCUGAAAUUCGGCCCGACCCUCUUGAAGCUCUCUAUGCGGAGCUCGAAAACAAAGUAAAGACGAAAAGUAAAGUACUUCGAAGUACAAGCUAUAAGCAUGCUACGGAAAAGAACAAUAAGGUGACAGCUGCUGAUCGUGAGCGCGAAAGUAAAGACAACGCUGUUCAGGAGGGUAUUUACAGUGUUUCUAGCAAGAGAAUUCAAAACCCACGUGAUGAUCGUAACAAUAUGAACGGCCGGAAUGGAAGAAUAGAACUUUAUGAUUAUUGUGUUUAAAUAUGAUAACUAGGAUGAUUGUAAUAAAAAAUGUAUAAUUCAUGUAAUACUAUAUUUAAUCUUUUACACUAAUGAACCUGGAAAGGGUGGUGCAUGAAAUCUCAUUUAGCGUACUUCAUUUUUGAACAAAUAUAAA